CCCGGCGGCACGCACGCACUGGCAAUUACUGGCGCAGGCAAGCACACACGCCGGCGGCUAGCAUGCUUGGAGAUGCUCUUAUUGACGCACCAGCGCGAGGGACCGGCUAGAGAUGCUCUGAUUAACCGCUAAAGAAGUGCUAGCUAGUGCAAUCAUGAAAAACAAAACCAUUACAAGUUUGUUCUGUGGUCGGAUUCAUUCGAAGAAGUAAUAAGGAAACACAUGUGGCAAUCUCGUUCUGUAAUUGGAUUCGAAGAAGAAAAGGAUCAAUUUCGGUUUGCAUUAGGAAAAGAUUGGAUCCGAUUCGGAGGAGGCUAUAAUAAGCGCUCAAGCCUGAUUUUCGACGACUGUCACACACCAAAGGAACAUCGUUUCAAGAAUAGCUGCUGGCGUUUUGUUUGUCGAUGCAAGUUGUCUGUUUUGUUCCUUUUGAGAUCGGAUCGCCAUGAAGUUCAAUAGAGAUCGGCGCCGCAGCCGUGAUUCGAAGAAAGCAGCUUGUUAUGGGGAGGAAAGGCUAAGCGAGCUGCCAAGUGAUGUUGUGGUCAAAGUCCGUGAGACGGUGAAAACACAGUCGAAGAAAGCAGCUGGUAAUGGGGAGGAAAGGUUACGCAAGCUGCCCAAUGAUGUGCUGGUCAACAACAUCCUCGAGACGGUGGAAACACAGUCUGCCAAAACAGCUGGUAAUGCGGAGGACAGGCUAAGCAAGCUGCCCAAUGAUUUGCUGCUCAACAUCCUCGAGAGAGUUGGUACCCUUGAUGCUGUAAGAACCUGCAUCCUUUCGAAGAAAAUGCAGAAGCUGCCAACUAUGCUCUCGCAAAUUGUAAUUGAUCUUAGCCCUCGUGAUUUGGUUCAAAUGGAUGGUGUUGUGGCUGAUGUGACGGAUAAGAUCCUUAGUACGAGGUCUCCACAGAUCACCGUUCGCAAGCUGAAGCUCAAAUUUUUCUUGGUUCCCUCUCGCUGUCUCUCCAUCGGAAAAUCGGUCGGCCUCGCCAUGGCGACCCAGAAGUUGGAUGCAGCUGAGUUUGAGAUCAUGCCACUGAGGGAUAACGGAUGUUGCACUGAUGCCCAUCGCCUGCUCUUUGGUCAGCAGUUCAAUGAUUUUGUUCGUGAUUGCCAGGAUGCAUUUGCUGGUCUCACGCGGCUGGAUCUACGGUUUUUGAGGUUUGGUGAAUCGGACAUACCCAACAUUCUUAGCACCUGCAAGCAGCUCGAGUCCCUGUCUUUCUUCGAGUGUGAUGGGGGGUUCCGCUCGGUGCUGCAUGUAGAACACGCUCGACUCGUUGAGCUUGUUAUCACCUUUGGGGAAUUUAAAACAGUGGUGCUUGACUGUCUACCAAAGCUCCAGCGGAUGACCUACAAUCAUUGGCCCUGUGAUGAAAAUCCCUUGGUUCUUGGUUUUGUCCCUCAGCUUUGGAAGCUCAGUCUUGCUAAUGCAAACCUUUCAGGCAAGAUCCUCAACUUAAGCAAGCUGCUUGCUAGUGCCCCCACAGUAAGCGAUUUGUAUCUGGACUUUGUAAGCGAAAAGAUUUGGGUUCAACCAGAAUGCCCAAAAGUCCUUGCUCCUGUGCUUGCCAAACUCCGAUUUCUGAAGCUGGAUCACCACCCCGAAGAAUGUGAUAUCUCUUGGACAAUGUUCGUUCUUGAAGCUGCACCACACGUAGAGGAGCUCUGCAUUACAGUAUGGGACCAUAAGUGCCGAAUGGAGUCACAAAAGAGUUUGUCCGAAAUAUCGGAUGUGAAGUGGGAGCCAUCUGAUCCUCAUUUUAAGCACAAGAAUCUGGCGAGGCUAAUUAUCUAUGGCUUCCAGUCCGAUGACAAUUUCACGGGAUAUGUCAUGCGUGUAAUUCAAGCUGCGGUGAACAUCAGGGAGGUAUCCCUACACGACAGGAAGGUGUGCGAAUUUUGUGCCGAGAAGUUCCCUCACAUGGAGGUUCGUCCUUCGAGUUAUCCACGGACCAGCGAGGAGGUGGAUUUGUUGAGGAAGAAGAUGACAGCAGGGUCAGCGACGGCUUCUCCUGAUAUCCACUUCCGCUCAUAAGGAUAAGGUCAAGUUGAAGAUGAAUCUCAAUGUGGUUGGAAGGACUCCCCUAUCUCAAAGACCCAAUUGGUUGCUUACUACGUCAACCAUCAAUCUUGGAUGUGGUUGGAAGGACUACCUGAUCUCAAAGACAACGUCAGCGCUAUUGCUUUUCUGCAAAAAUGUAUCUUGGCUACCAAUUUGUUGGAACAACUCAUUUAGCUAUUUUAGACAAUGAAAUGUCUAGCAUAAGCACAUCUAUGUUGUGGUUGUGCAGUUCAUGCUUAUGUUGAAUUCAGUCAAUAUUCAGUACAGUACUAUGAAUGAUGCUCUGUUAUUUUUUC